UUCUUUUUUUUUUUUUUUUUACUCUUUCAUGUGCAACAAAGUACCGAGCUCGACAGUUACGAAGAAGGGAAAGCCACCCUUUUUGAGAAUCUUUAUUUUGCUUCAGUUUUAUAGCUGAUUUUCCACAUCUCCCCCAAACCUUUCUGCAACAUAUCAGGGAUUUAACUGAACCUGAACCAAUCGUUGUUCGGUUUUUGGGUCAGUGUUGGGACGCUUUGUGGAGGAGCAAGUUUUUUCCCCCCUUUCUUUCCAGUGCUUAGUCGUUUUGUUGAGCUGCCACUGGGGGGAAAAAAACCGAACCAGGACUAAAAGCGGCGAGUUGACGAACCAGAAAUACACCGGAGAACCGCGGCCCCAGCCGCCGCCGCCAACGCAACGGGGAGUCGGGGCCCGAGAGGGAGCCUGCCAGGCCCUCGGCUUGAUGCACUCAGCCUGCCUUGCUGCCACAGCCACAGUCCGGGAUGGGGGAAACCAAAAUCAUCUACCACCUCGACGACCAGGAGACACCGUACCUUGUGAAGCUUCCCGUGCCUGCGGACAAAGUCACGCUAGCGGACUUCAAAAAUGUCCUGAAGAAGCCAAACUACAAGUUCUUCUUCAAAUCUAUGGACGAUGACUUCGGAGUGGUAAAGGAGGAGAUUUCUGACGACAACGCUAGGCUGCCCUGCUUUAAUGGAAGAGUGGUGUCAUGGUUGGUGUCAGGAGAUGGAGCUCACACGGACGGAGGCUCGGUGGCCGACAGUUUAGAGCAGACGCCCCCUUUGGAGAGAACCGGGGGAAUUGGAGACUCGAGACCACCUUCCUACCAUGGGAAAGCAGCUAGCGGGCGGGACAGCUUGGACAAUGACACAGAAACCGGCUCCAUUGUGUCGCAAAGGAGAGACAGAGACAGGGAGAGGCCGAGACGGAAACACACAAACGACCAUGGUGGGAGGCAGAACGGGUAUUCAUCACGAACGAUGGGACGCGGAGCAGCCGACUACGACAGCUGUUCAUCCUUCAUGAGCAGCGAGCUGGAGUCUACUUCCUGCUUCGAUUCAGAGGACGAUGACGCAACCAGCAGGUUUAGUAGCUCCACUGAGCAGAGCUCAUCUAGAUUAAUGAGACGACAUCGCCGUCGCCGACGGAAACCAAAGGCCUCCAAUAUAGACAGGUCUUCAUCAUUCAGCAGCAUCACAGAUUCCACCAUGUCUCUGAACAUUAUCACCGUAACUCUUAACAUGGAGAAGUACAACUUCUUGGGCAUCAGUAUUGUGGGUCAGAGUAAUGAGAGGGGAGACGGAGGGAUCUACAUCGGUUCUAUCAUGAAGGGAGGAGCUGUGGCCGCAGAUGGACGGAUAGAGCCAGGGGACAUGCUCUUGCAGGUGAAUGACAUAAACUUUGAGAAUAUGAGCAACGACGACGCAGUCCGGGUGCUGAGGGAUAUCGUGCACAAACCAGGCCCCAUUACUCUGACUGUUGCAAAGUGCUGGGACCCGAACCCUCGAAGCUGUUUUGCCCUCCCCAGGAGUGAGCCCAUCCGGCCCAUUGACCCAGCUGCAUGGGUGUCCCACACAGCCGCCAUGACCGGGGUUUACCCUCCGUAUGGCAUGAGCCCUUCCAUGAGCACCGUGACCUCCACCAGCUCCUCCAUCAGCAGCUCCAUUCCCGAGACAGAAAGAUUUGAUGACUUUCAUCUCUCGAUCCAUAGCGACAUGGCAACGGUUGCUAAGGCUAUGGCCUGUCCAGAGUCAGGUCUGGAGGUGCGGGACAGGAUGUGGCUGAAGAUAACAAUCGCCAACGCCUUUAUUGGGUCUGAUGUAGUGGACUGGCUCUUCCAUCAUGUGGAAGGGUUCUCGGAUCGUCGGGAAGCGCGGAAGUACGCCAGCAACCUGCUGAAAGCCGGCUACAUACGGCACACUGUUAAUAAGAUAACCUUUUCCGAACAGUGCUACUAUGUCUUCGGGGACCUUUGUGGCAAUAUGGCCCACCUCUCACUACAUGACCAAGACGGUUCCAGCGGAGGCGCUUCGGACCAGGACACAGUCCCUCCUCUGCCCCACCCAGGUGCUGCUCCCUGGCCAAUGCCUCUACCUUAUCAGUUUCCCAUUCCGCAUCCUUACGACCUGCCGCAGCCUUUCCACGGGGGGCCGGCAGCUGGGAGCGCUGGGAGCCAGCACAGUGGAAGCAGCGGCUCUAACUGCAGCAAGCACGAGGGUCGGAAGUCCGGCGGCAGUGGCAGCGAGUCCGAGAUCAGGAGCCACAGAGCUCCUAGCGAGCGCUCAGUAGCUCCCCCUAGUGAGCGCAGCAUCCGUAGCUCUGUCAGCCACCGCAGUGCCAUCUCACACUCUAUAGUCUACGGGCCCGGCCUCGUCUACGGCCCCCCCGGGCUGCCUCCCCAGCCCACUCAUCUGUCCACCGCUGCACCUGGCGCUCCGCAAGGCAGAGAGCUGACGUCGGUGCCUCCUGAGCUGACCGCUUCUCGCCAGUCCCUGCGUAUGGCGGUUGGCAACGCCGGAGAGUUCUUUGUUGACGUGAUGUGACAAUGUGUUGGAGUUGGUAAUAAAGUAGCGGGUUGGAUGUUCCUAUGUCCUCCUCCUCCUUUCGGGUGAGGAGGACAUCAUGACAUGUCAACGGAGGCAGGAGAGAUCACAAAAGCUGUAACUCAAAGUCUUGAUAACUUUUCCAAAAGCAUAAAACCAACCCAGUUUUGCAUGCUGAUUAAAAAAAAAAUGUCUUCAUCACUUGUGCUUUUCUCCCAAGUAGUAAUGUCCAUACUUUCUUCAGUGAAGAAACACCCUAAGCUCAAGAUGGAACCAAAGUGUCUUUCUCAGGGGGGGAAAGUUUGUUUAAGGACAAAGCCGGAGUGGGAGGGAUCUGGCGGAAACACUUAACUGGGAAGAUGACUCGGCUCAAAUUCACAUGGAUGGCUUUUAUUUGUGCUGCUAUUCCCACCUCUGCUCUGCUUUCCUUAUCUAACUCUUCAGCCCUCUUCUCUCUCCUAUCCUUGUCAGGAAAAAAAGGAGGAUGAAGCACUUUUCCUCUGUUCUUAUAGUCCCCACUCUGACCUCUAACAAGGAAAUAAAUCUGAAGAACACUAAACCUUAACCUGGAUUCAAAUGUUUAAAGUAUUUGCUUGGCAUAAGAGAGAAGGAUAGAAAGAAAUGAGAAAUUUUGUAUGUAGGAUUACAGUCGUUUUUACUGUAAUGUUGCAUUUGAUUUAUUGUGUACAUAGUUGGUCACAACUAGGUUCAUUUUGAAGCUUAACAGCAGCAUUGAACAUUAAGAGUCCUUUUUACACUACAAUGUUGCAUUUUAUCAGCUAACCGGAGAACUUUCAGUCUCAUGAUGAUGUAUAGUGGAAAAUUUCUUACCAUGCCUUUCACACUACUCUUUUAUCAAGGAAAAAAUGUCUUUUUAUUUAUAAAUAUAGUUUUAUGACAUAAA